AUGUUCGCCCGGGCAGCCCUGCUUAUGGCCCUUGGCCUCAAGCCAGCAGCGGGUGACUGCCCAUCGUGGGGAAAGCCCUUUCCAAGCAACUUAGCAGGGUCGGGCAAGAUCAGCUUCGCAAGCUUGUACGACGUGACCUACUACGACCAGUACAAGGUGGUCGAGUACUCUGACACGCUGUCGUUCUACGCUGCCAGCCAUAGGGAAGCAUCCCUGCAGGGCACGAGAAUCCCGCCGAUGGUUCUCUACCAAUGUGGCACCACGAAGCCUACCACAAGCAUGCCUGGCGUACCUUCGAACGCCCGCUUCUUCGAGAUUCCGGUGAAGAAUGCAACCGUCGGGUGGGGUGGCCCUCUUAUCUUCCUUGAAUUGCUUGGGGUGUCACAGUCGAUCGACUUGAUCGACAUACGCACAAUCUCGUCUCCCUGCAUGCAGCUGUUGGAGGUCUGCUAUCCCGAAACCCAUAUCCCAACGAGCCUUCCUGAUUGGUCGGCCAACCCCGACUGGACGAACCGGGCAAGCCGCACAGACGUGGUGUUCACAGACAGCUGGGGUUCGGGUUGGGGCGGCGACGCCACGAAGGACGUCCCCUUCGAGAUCUCCUUCGACCCCGGAAGCCUCAGCCGCGCCGAGUGGAUCAAGUUCAUGGCCCUCUUCUACAACGAGGAAGCGCAGGCUGAGCAUAUCUUCGAGCAGGUCAAGGCGGACUACAAUGCGCUCAAAGCCAUCGGGGACCAGCUCCGCACCGAUGCCAGCACCGAGUACAACGGCGCGCAGCCGAAGGUGAUGUUCGUGGGCCAGCGAGGAAGCAGCAAUGCCGUCACCAACGCGGUCUACAAGACCCAGCUCAUCACCGACGCAGGUGCCCAAGUGGUCCCAUUGCCGACCGUGGCUCCCGCCGGGUGCAGCUUCACCGAUAACACAGAUGGUGCGAGGAUGAUGAGUUGUGACAUCCCGGCUGGUGAUGCAGCCUUCAGAGCCGUCCUUGCCGAAGCGGAUGUCAUCAUCGACGAGUCCUCCCUGUGGCCCGACUACGACCCAGCAAAAUACCGAGGUUUCGCCACGAUCUACAACGUCACCGCCGAUCAGGUUCCGGCUCUCGCGCGAAACCCGCCGAACAUCUUCCGCCUUGAUGGGCAGGUCAGUGAUGCAUUCGGGGACGGGAACUCUGUCGGUUCGAGUUGGUUCGACAUCCAGCAGUCAGAGCCGCAGCAGACCCUUGCGGGCCUAAUGGAGGCGAUCUGGGAUAGGGACUUCACCAGCACCUGCGGGCAGAAGUACUUGUGGCGGGUUUCGAAUCCCAGCGCCCAGAAUGUGGUCGGUCACCAGGACUGCCCCCUCUACAGCGCCCAGGGCCAGAACGACUGCCAGUCUCUGCACGAUCGCCUGCACACGCCGCCUAUGUGCAGCCCGGGGAAUGUGUUCCAAACUAUGACGACGACGACGGUUCAAUCGCAGGAGGCGAGUGCCGCGUGCAGAGCGGGAGGUGCGCUUGCUCUGGCUGCUUUGGUGUUCGCGCCCUUCUGGGCAGCAUUUUAG